GCUGCGCCGCCAGCGUGGAGCGGGAGGCAAGAGGGUGUGGAGAGAAGGGAGCGCCAGACCGGAACGGAUAUGUACCUCUCAUGACUGAUAGGAAGAAACUAGUCAUGGGCCAAAGGUCAAGAUACUUCCCUGGGAAAUGCUGCUGAUGCUUCUUUACAAAGUCAUAUGAUGAAUGUUUGGUUUAAGAAAGAUUUUCCUAUUUAAGAGAUUUUCAUCUUGGAAAUAUAUCAAGUGAAAAUUAUAGAGUCUUUUGGGAAACAUUUUCCUCCUAAUAAAUUAUACCUGUAAUGGGCGACAUGGCAAACAACUCAGUUGCAUAUGGUGGAGUAAAAAACUCUUUGAAGGAAGCUAAUCACGAUGGAGACUUUGGAAUUACACUCGCAGAGCUGCGAGCCCUCAUGGAGCUCAGGUCCACAGACGCAUUACGGAAAAUACAGGAAAGCUAUGGAGACGUCUCUGGAAUCUGCGCCAGGUUAAAAACAUCUCCCAAUGAAGGUUUAAGUGGAAACCCUGCAGAUAUAGAAAGAAGAGAAGCAGUAUUUGGAAAGAAUUUUAUACCUCCUAAAAAGCCAAAAACCUUUCUUCAGCUAGUAUGGGAAGCAUUACAAGAUGUCACUUUAAUUAUAUUAGAAAUUGCAGCCAUAGUAUCAUUGGGCCUUUCUUUUUAUCAACCUCCAGAAGGGGAUAAUGCACUUUGUGGAGACGUUUCUGUUGGAGAGGAAGAAGGUGAAGGUGAAACUGGUUGGAUUGAAGGAGCGGCAAUCCUCUUGUCAGUAGUGUGUGUGGUGUUAGUAACAGCUUUUAAUGACUGGAGUAAGGAAAAGCAGUUUAGAGGUUUGCAGAGUCGAAUUGAACAAGAACAGAAGUUCACAGUCAUCAGGGGUGGUCAGGUCAUUCAGAUACCCGUAGCUGACAUUACUGUUGGAGACAUCGCUCAAGUGAAAUAUGGUGAUCUUCUUCCCGCUGAUGGCAUACUUAUUCAAGGCAAUGAUCUUAAGAUUGAUGAAAGCUCAUUGACCGGUGAAUCUGAUCAUGUUAAGAAGUCUUUAGAUAAAGAUCCCUUACUUUUAUCAGGUACUCAUGUAAUGGAAGGCUCUGGAAGAAUGGUAGUUACUGCUGUAGGUAUAAAUUCUCAAACUGGAAUUAUCUUUACCUUACUUGGAGCCGGAGGUGAAGAGGAAGAGAAGAAAGAUGAGAAGAAAAAGGAAAAGAAAAAUAAGAAACAAGAUGGAGCUAUUGAGAAUCGCAACAAAGCAAAAGCCCAGGAUGGCGCAGCCAUGGAAAUGCAGCCUUUGAAGAGUGAAGAAGGUGGAGAUGGUGAUGAGAAAGACAAAAAGAAAGCAAAUUUGCCAAAAAAGGAAAAAUCCGUUUUACAGGGGAAACUGACGAAACUAGCUGUUCAGAUUGGCAAAGCAGGUUUGUUGAUGUCUGCCAUCACAGUUAUCAUUCUUGUCUUAUAUUUUGUGAUUGAUACCUUCUGGGUUCAGAAGAGACCGUGGCUUGCGGAGUGCACACCGAUUUACAUACAGUAUUUUGUGAAGUUCUUCAUUAUUGGAGUUACGGUUUUGGUGGUGGCAGUACCAGAAGGUCUGCCCCUUGCAGUCACUAUCUCACUAGCUUAUUCAGUCAAGAAAAUGAUGAAAGAUAAUAAUUUAGUAAGACAUCUGGAUGCUUGUGAAACCAUGGGAAAUGCUACAGCUAUUUGUUCAGAUAAGACAGGAACAUUGACAAUGAACCGAAUGACAGUUGUUCAAGCUUACAUAAAUGAAAAACAUUAUAAAAAGAUUCCUGACCCAGAAGCUAUUCCACCAAAUAUUUUGUCCUAUCUUGUAACAGGAAUUUCUGUGAAUUGUGCUUAUACAUCAAAAAUAUUGCCACCAGAGAAAGAGGGUGGAUUACCUCGUCAUGUUGGUAAUAAAACUGAAUGUGCCUUGUUGGGACUUCUUUUGGAUUUAAAGCGGGAUUAUCAGGAUGUUAGAAAUGAAAUACCAGAAGAAGCACUAUACAAAGUCUACACCUUCAAUUCUGUCAGAAAGUCCAUGAGCACUGUCCUGAAAAAUUCAGAUGGAAGUUACCGAAUAUUCAGCAAGGGUGCAUCUGAGAUAAUUCUGAAAAAGUGUUUCAAAAUCUUGAGUGCUAAUGGUGAGGCAAAAGUAUUCAGACCAAGGGACCGUGAUGAUAUUGUAAAAACUGUGAUUGAACCGAUGGCAUCAGAAGGCUUGAGAACCAUAUGUCUUGCAUUCAGAGAUUUCCCAGCAGGAGAACCAGAACCAGAGUGGGAUAAUGAAAAUGAUAUUGUCACCGGCCUUACAUGCAUUGCUGUUGUGGGGAUUGAAGAUCCUGUGAGACCUGAGGUGCCAGAUGCAAUAAAGAAAUGUCAGAGGGCUGGAAUUACUGUGCGGAUGGUCACUGGUGAUAAUAUUAAUACUGCUCGGGCUAUUGCCACCAAAUGUGGUAUUUUACAUCCUGGGGAAGAUUUUCUUUGCCUAGAAGGUAAAGAUUUCAACAGGAGAAUACGAAAUGAAAAAGGAGAGAUUGAGCAAGAGCGGAUAGACAAGAUUUGGCCAAAGCUUCGAGUGCUUGCAAGAUCAUCUCCUACUGACAAACAUACACUGGUUAAAGGUAUAAUUGACAGCACUGUUUCCGAACAACGCCAGGUGGUAGCUGUCACUGGUGAUGGUACAAAUGAUGGCCCAGCGUUAAAGAAAGCUGAUGUUGGAUUUGCAAUGGGUAUCGCUGGAACUGAUGUAGCUAAAGAAGCAUCUGAUAUUAUUCUCACGGAUGACAAUUUUACAAGCAUUGUUAAAGCAGUUAUGUGGGGACGAAAUGUCUAUGACAGCAUCUCAAAAUUCCUUCAGUUCCAGCUUACCGUUAAUGUAGUAGCAGUGAUUGUUGCUUUCACGGGCGCCUGUAUUACUCAAGACUCGCCACUUAAAGCUGUGCAGAUGCUAUGGGUAAACCUCAUCAUGGAUACGCUUGCUUCCCUGGCUCUGGCGACCGAACCCCCCACUGAAUCUCUCUUGCUUCGGAAACCUUAUGGUAGAAAUAAGCCUCUCAUCUCACGCACGAUGAUGAAGAAUAUUCUGGGUCACGCAUUCUAUCAGCUUGUUGUAGUCUUUACACUCUUGUUUGCCGGAGAAAAGUUUUUUGAUAUUGAUAGCGGAAGAAAUGCUCCUUUGCAUGCUCCUCCAUCGGAACAUUAUACUAUUGUUUUUAACACCUUUGUACUGAUGCAACUUUUCAACGAAAUAAAUGCACGGAAAAUUCACGGUGAAAGAAAUGUGUUUGAAGGAAUCUUUAAUAAUGCCAUCUUCUGCACAAUUGUUUUAGGCACUUUUGUGGUACAGAUAAUAAUUGUGCAGUUUGGUGGAAAACCUUUCAGUUGUUCAGAACUUUCAAUAGAACAGUGGCUAUGGUCAAUAUUCCUAGGAAUGGGAACAUUACUCUGGGGCCAGCUUAUUUCAACAAUUCCAACUAGCCGUUUAAAAUUCCUCAAAGAAGCUGGUCAUGGCACACAAAAGGAGGAAAUACCCGAGGAGGAGUUAGCGGAGGAUGUGGAAGAGAUUGAUCACGCUGAGCGGGAGUUGCGGCGUGGCCAGAUCUUGUGGUUUAGAGGUCUGAACAGAAUCCAGACGCAGAUGGAUGUAGUGAAUGCUUUCCAGAGUGGAAGUUCCAUUCAGGGGGCACUAAGGCGGCAACCCUCCAUCGCCAGCCAGCAUCAUGAUAUUCGAGUGGUGAAUGCAUUUCGUAGUUCUUUAUAUGAAGGGUUAGAAAAACCGGAAUCAAGAAGUUCAAUUCACAACUUUAUGACACAUCCUGAGUUUAGGAUAGAAGAUUCAGAGCCUCAUAUUCCCCUUAUUGAUGACACUGAUGCUGAAGAUGAUGCUCCUACAAAACGUAACUCCAGUCCUCCACCCUCUCCCAACAAAAAUAACAAUGCUGUUGACAGCGGGAUCUACCUUACAAUAGAAAUGAGCAAGUCUGCUACCUCUUCAUCCCCAGGAAGCCCACUACAUAGCUUGGAGACAUCACUCUGAUUGUAAGCUGAAUGUCAACACACUAGCUGCAUUGUAAAGAGACAAAUUGAAACUGGGUCUUUUCACAUAUUGUGACGGACAAGAUAGUAUUCUUGUCUCUGGACUUCAACAGAAGACAUACUUGUACGAAUGUAGAUUUAUUUUUUUAAAAAAAAAAAGCAAAGCUUUCUGCCAGACUGAGGGUGCUUUUUGGGGGGUGGGAGUAAUGAACUGACAGAUAAACAGUAACUCAGCAUAAGUCGACCUGUGGAUCAUCAGUAGAACCUAAGAAUGGUCCUGAACAGUAUAUUAGCAAAGUUUUAGUUGAUCUCAAUCCUUGAUGGGAGAGAGGGAGGAGUAAAGCUGGGCAAACAAGCAAAGAGCCCUGGAUCAUUGAAUUGAUGCUUUAAUUUCUGCUGUUGGCUGUUAAUAAUUUGGAUUAUUUAUGUUUAUAAAUGAUGCAGAUCUGUUUACAAGGUUUGUAGAUACUUUUUUUGUUCCUGUUCAUAGAUGGGACGCUUCCUUAUAACUGAUGCAGAGAUAAAAUUAGUCCUUCAAAUACUGCUGUAUUUUCAGGAAAAAAAAAAAAGGAGGGGGGUGUUUCUAUUGAAACUGUACUAAAUUUUUGCCUACAAUUUACCUUGUUAAAUACUGUAGAUAAAUUGCUAAUACUAAUAGCCAAAUAGAUAACACUAAUGCUUUGUUUUAAAAAAAACAACAAUGAAAAAAACAAAACAAAAAAAAAAACAUGAGCAGUGGUGUUCUAAUGAAGUUAUGGCAUCUGUCUUAAUUAGUUUCUUAAAUACAUUUACUACUUAAUGGUUUUGAAACAACUGUUUAAUUUUUAAAAUUUUUGAAAACUUGCUAAUAACCUUUGUUCAGAAUUUAGUAGAUUGUUUAAUGCAGGACAUCGACGACAUAAUGAAAGAUGCUUGAAAUGCUUUUGUUAUUUCAGGCAAAUCAAAUUAAAUCAAACUAUCAAACGACAAGAGAAUUUUAGUCCUUUUUGUUUUUGUCUAAACAUGUUAGUUCAGUGAUGUCUUGGUGAACUGUGAGUGAACUGUAUUGAUUUUAUUUUUUUCUAAUAAAUCCUUAGAAACCUUCAUACAGCAUGAGGGCUGUUGGCAUUUUGAAAAAGGUUAAUAAGUAGAAGCAUACAUGUUUUCCUUUUGUUUUUGAAACUUGUUUGUAAACAUAAAUAAAUAUGCCCUUUUAUUAAAUAAAUACACAGCAAUUUUUUUAAAAAAGAACUUUGAGCUUCUUUACUCAAUUCUGCCUAUGUGGUACAUCGGUCUGUUCUCUUUAACUGCAAUUGGAAUAAAUUUCAAGAUGGUAACAGCCCCAUGAGGUACCCUCUUUAAUUCCUUGGUGGCAAUCUACUAGAACCAGAUUAAGAAAAUCAUUGCAGUUUGACAUGUUCUUCAUAGAGUUUAUUUAGUUUGCUUAAAAU